UGCUCUGUCUCCACUCGGAUAGCCUACAUAGCGCCAUUCAGGCGCAUCUUCUUCACUUCCUCACGGAUCAACUGAGCAAAAGUCAACAACAUGGAUCUUUCAUUUAUGGCUGCGCAGAUCCCGGUUAUGACAGGAGCAUUCAUGGACUCAUCACCCAAUGAUGACUACAGUGCUGAUCAUUCCCUCUUCAACUCAUCUGCCAGUGUCAAUGCAGCUCCUAUGACCUUAGUUCAGACUCAACACGACGAGCACCAGCAUGUCUCCACUGAUGCUAUAUGGCUGUGGAUCGCCAUCAUUGCCACCAUUGGGAACAUUGUGGUGGUCGGAGUGGUUUACGCAUUCACUUUCUGAUCUUUCUGACUGUAGAAACUGUAGAGGUGUUGGUUAUUAUGAUAAUCCUUUGGUUCAUGAAUAACCAACAUUUGCACAUAACACUUUCCCUUCUACAACUUAUCUGGAAGCUUACACUUCAAUAAGCUUUUUUGUUUAUUCUGAAGAUGUUCAAAUGGAUUAACUAGCUUUAAGUGAUGAACCUACUUCAAUAUCCCUGAAGACCUUAGAAGCAAUUAAGAGGAGUGUUCUUCAAUUAUUUGGAUGACAGGGCAACAAGUCUUUAAAUAUUAAAGGGAGUUAGGGUGUGUAUUUACACACACACACACACACACACACACACACACACACACACACACAAAGAAAGUGUUUUGUAUAUAAAUUAGCAACACUGCAGCUAUCAUAGCACUUGUCUAGAUGUUAUGAUAAAAUAUGAAUGUCUUCUAUAUAAAAACUGUUUUAUAGUUACAUAUUUACUUCUGUAUAACAUCCAGCUAUAUUACUUUGUAUGACACAAUAUGUUGAAAAAAAAAAAAACAGUCCAGUUGAUUGAAGUCAAACACUAGAUAUUUAAAUAUUUUUGCAUCAGGUAGUGUUUUUCUAGGCACCUGUCCAUAUUACAGAGUUCCUUAUUCCAGAAUCCCAUUUCUGUGUUGAAAUCUGCUGUGCAAAUAUUGUUGUUGCUAUGGUGAUUAAUCCUCUCUAAUUAAAGACAUGAAAUGACUCUUCUCCAACAAGGAAAAGAGAGCUCCAGAUGAUGGUGCCCUAGCUGUUGACCCUCUUAUUCUUUUUUACCCAGCUGUUUUCCUUCUUCUGGAUGAGGAGAAUUAUCCAUGGAACAAGCCAUAAGCAAUUCAAUUAUAGUGCUACUUUUAAAUGAGUUGCCAUGGAGAAGGUUAGAUGGGAUGCAUAGACAGGGCACUAAAAUGCCUCCACAGAGCUUUGGUUCUCUAAUGGGCUCCCAUAUGUGAACUGUUACAGCAGAAUAGUCAGAUCUGUAAUCCUAAGCCUGUAAGAAAAAGCAAAAUGUAUUUAAAUAAGUCUUUAAAUGCAGUUUCACCAAAUCACAAUAUACAGUUAUGGUAACAUAGAGGUAAUGUUCCCAACACUGUUUAAAUAGUAAUGGACUUUAAUCAUGAAGGAAAUUAUGAUUAUGACUCAUUUGAAUAUUAAAUUGAGUUAUUAGGAUUCCUUUUCUGGAGGCCACCCGCUAAUCAGCCUACAUUUUGCCUAAAAAUGAUGCACUUGUGAAACCAUGGCUGUUAUUAUUGAUUUACCGCUAUUCCUCAGCUAUUAUUCAGUGACCUUUGAUGUUUUUGCAUCAUUCUCAUGAAUAAUAGACAGCUUAGUUUAAAGCAAUCCUUAUGAUUUUCAUACUGAUAAGUUCAGAAUGUGGACUAAAACAUGGAACCUGCCAAGACGCACCUUUACAUUGCUUUCUGUCCUCAGCCUGACAGUUCAGCACAGACAGUUUCAAUAUGCUAAUGUGGGUCAGUGUUUUUGGACACAUUCUGUCAGCUCGGAUCUACGCAGCUAACAAUGUGGAGUUUCUCCUGAGCCAUAGCAAUCCUUUACAACUGUUGAAUCAUAAUGUAAUUCAUAUCAGGUUACCUGCAAGCUGACUGGAUUGGCUAAGUUGAGAAAAACUUAUUAAACCUGAAAACCUCUUAGUAAUGCUUAAUAAUGUUCUGCAUUAUACUUAAUGCAGUCAAUAUAAACUGUAUAUUAAUGUUUAAUGGAGAUGUAUGUAACUGAUUGGCAGUCUGUUCAAAAUAUUUAGUUCUAUAUUUAUUUGUAGUCUCUGCUCAUAGCUGUAUCUUGUAUCACGCUACUGCUCUCAGAUGGUAACCACCCACACUGCCUCAACAUGUCAGAGCUUAGACUACAAUUCAGACCAUACUUCUACAUACUUUUGCAUAAAACUCGUCUCUUAUUUCCAGAGGUGAGUAGUAACGUGCUACAUUUACUUCGUUACAUUUACUUGAGUAACUUUUUGGGGGAAAAAUUUACUUUUAAGACUAGGUUUAACUGACCAUACUUAUACUCCUACUCAAGUUCAUUUUUAAUCACAGAAAUGUACUUUUACUUUGCUACAUUCGGUGGCGUUCCUCCGUUACUGCUAAAUGUUAAUGAAUAAAUGUAGUUUUAAUAAUUUCUUAAUAUCACGUAUAAUGAGGUCACGAGUCUCAAGAUACUCUGCAAUGGUCUGAAUGUGGAUGCAAAAACCUCUAUCUAUCUAUCUAUCUAUCUAUCUCUCUCUCUCUCUCUCUCGCCACAUACUUUAUCUUCUGUUCUGUUCCACAGUCUGUUCUUUUGUUCUCUGUUGUCUUAUUUAAAUGCAGAUGCUGACAAGAUGGUGUUGUUAACAUAUGAAAAUAA